AUGGCUUCUUUCGAUCCGAAUGUUCCUACCACUUCCCUGCCAUAUACCUGCAAUACCUGUCUCGUUGCCUUCCGUGGCAGCGAUGCCCAGCGGGAUCAUAUGCGCAGAGACUGGCAUCUCUAUAACAUGAAACGUCGUGUUGCUUCUCUACCCCCCGUGUCUCAGGAAACUUUCAACGAAAAAGUCCUCGCCGCCAAAGCCACAUCCUCCGCCGCGGCUGCCAAGGCCUCCUUUGAGAAGACAUGUGUUGCCUGCCAGAAGACUUUCUACAGCGAGAACUCGUACCAGAACCAUGUCAAGAGCUCGAAGCACCGGGCGCGCGAGGCGCGACUACACAAAGAGAACGCGGCUGAGUCCUCGUCCGUCAUGAGCUCAACCUUCUCACUGGGUGAACCGAUCAACAAGCCGCGUGCCGAAACCGAUGUGUCCACGAUCACGAAGGACCUCGACACCGCGACUAUCAACGAACAGGAAGGAGAAAAUGACGAGAAUGAUGAGAUGGACGAAUCACCCGACAACGGCGAAUUCAGCCCCGCCCGCUGCCUCUUCUGCCCCACUAAGUCCGCGAAUCUUCAAGAAAACACCGACCACAUGCUCAAGAGCCAUGGCAUGUUCAUCCCAGAAAAAGACUUCCUGGUCAAUCUCGAAGGCCUGGUGCAUUACCUGAAUCGGAAAAUCACCGAGAACAAUGAAUGUCUCUACUGCCAUGCGAUUAAGAACAGCCCCGCCGGCGUCCGCACCCACAUGCGCGACAAGGGUCACUGCAUGAUCGCCUUCGAGACCGAAGAGGAGCAGAUCGAAAUCGGCCAAUUCUACGACUUCCGGAGCACGUACUCGGAUGAUGAGGAUGACGAUGCCGCUUCCACCGCCAGCGACAUGGUCGAAGAUGGCGGCGUCAAGGUCGACGGCGAAGACGACGGCUGGGAGACCGAAACCUCGGCUUCCUCCAUCGACGAAGACGACAUGCCCAAAAACCCCACCGUCAUCUACAAAACAGAGUAUGAAAUGCACCUCCCCUCCGGCCGGAGCAUCGGCCACCGUUCCCUCGCCCGCUACUACCGCCAGAACUUGCACAACUACCCCACCGCCGACGAGCGGGCCGCACGCCAACUGGCCAUCGAGAAUGGCGAGAUCCAAGAAGAGCAGAAGCCCCGCGGCCGGAAUCUCAACCGCGCUGUCAUCAGUCGUGGCAACGGCGGCUCGGGCAUGAUCGGCGCCACGGAGAGUCAGAAACAUGUCGCGGUCCUGUCGGAGCGUAAAGACCGUACGCGCGCUCUCCGGCAAGAACAGAGAUACACGGCUCGUGUCCAACGUGCUGCUAACAACCAGAGGCAUUUCCGGGAUCCUCUCCUGCAAUGA